AUGUCCGCUCGCACCGCCCUUCUUAACCUCGCGCGCCGCGCGGGCGCCGCCCCGACGCGGGUCGCGCGCCGUAACAUGUCCGGCGGCGGCACCGUCGAGGAAGAGAUCGGUGCGUCCCCUCCCCGCGCGGACGGAUUUCGGUCUCUUUACCCUAAUAUCUCCUCCGUCCUCCCGUCUCCGUCUCCCCCCCAUGCGACGUCGCGUCGCUGA